UGCUUCUUUAUACAGAGAAGCUAUCCAAAUCCCAUCAACAGAACACCAAAAUUACGUUAUCAGCGACAGAAGUCUUGAUCAUUCUGUUGAUUUGUCUGAUACCUAAUGGAAAAGGACACGUCUUUUCUUUUUUCCGGCAUCACUUUCAAUCGCAAAAAGUUUGCUGGUGAUUUCGCGAGAUUCAAGGAGAAAACAGAGAGUGAUGAUGUUGUAGAAAAGCCCAACUUGAUUGAAAAUGGGGUUUCUACUAUGGAGGAGGGAAUGGCGUUGCGUGCUGAUAAGAAGAGGAAGAGAAAAGUGGCUCGUUCAGACCCAAUUGAAGGAUUCAGUGUAUUUAAAAGAUCAAAAUCAAAAGCUGUUGAUGAAGCAGGAGAGCAUAAUGAAGAUGAAAUUUUACAAGAGAAGAAGGAAUAUUAUCGGCAGUUGGAGAGGGAUGCUCUUUUCCGGAAGAGGUAUAAUAUUCAUGUUUCUGGGAGCAAUAUCCCGUCUCCACUUCAGAACUUUACAGAGUUGAAAUCGAGGUACAAUUGCAAAUCUUACCUGUUGCACAAUUUGAGUGAUCUGGGUUUUAAGGAGCCAACACCAAUCCAAAGGCAGGCUAUUCCAGUCUUACUAUCUGGAAGGGAGUGUUUCGCCUGUGCUCCUACUGGUUCUGGAAAAACCUUUGCAUUCGUCUGCCCAAUACUUAUGAAACUUAAGCAUGCUUCAAAAGAUGGUGUUCGGGCAGUGAUUCUUUGCCCUACACGUGAAUUAGCUGCCCAGACCGCGAGAGAAUGCAAGAAAUUGGCCAAAGGAAAGAAGUUUUACAUCAAAUUAAUGACUAAGCAGCUUGCCAAAAGUGCAGAUUUCUCAAAACUGCCCUGUGAUAUUCUCAUCUCCACUCCGUUCCGGAUACAGUUUGCGAUCCGCAAAAGAAAACUUGAUUUAAGCAAGGUUGAAGUUCUUGUCCUGGAUGAAUCCGACAAACUUUUUGAGUUAGGAUUGGUUGAGCAGGUUGAUGCUGUGGUCAAAGCAUGCUCAAACCCUUCCAUCCUGCGCUCAUUGUUCAGUGCUACUUUACCUGAUACUGUUGAAGAACUUGCACGUACAAUUAUGCAUGACGCUGUCCGUGUUAUCAUUGGCAGAAAAAACUCUGCUUCUGAGUCAAUAAAGCAAAAGCUCAUAUUUGUAGGAAGCGAGGAGGGGAAGCUUCUUGCUCUUCGUCAAAGCUUUGCAGAGAGUUUGAACCCACCGGUGCUGCUUUUUGUCCAAAACAAGGAGCGAGCUAAGGAACUGUACAACGAACUGAAAUAUGAUGACAUUAGAGCUGAUGUCAUACAUGCUGACCUUCCCCAAAUACAGAGAGAACAUGCUGUUGAUAACUUUCGAUCUGGGAAAACUUGGGUUUUGAUCGCCACUGAUGUUAUUGCUCGGGGCAUGGACUUCAAAGGUGUCAAUUGUGUGAUCAACUAUGAUUUUCCAGAUUCUGCUGCUGCAUACAUUCACAGGAUUGGUCGUUCUGGCAGAGCUGGGAGGAGUGGGGAGGCAAUAACAUUAUACACUGAAGCAGAUGUUCCGUUUUUGAGGAAUGUAGCCAAUGUCAUGACAGCUUCUGGCUGCGAGGUGCCUGAAUGGAUCUUGUCCCUACCCAAGAAAAAAUGGAGGAAACAUAGGCCUCAAAGGGAAUCCAUCUCUACGAAAUCUCAAGAUGAGAAUUGACAACCAAUAGAUGAUGGAUGCAAUCAUGGCCUCAGAGUUCUGCAGAGCUGGUCCUCUCUCUCUCCAUCUAAUUCAAUUUUGUUUGAGAAACAUGUUUAAUGAUAAUGCUCUGAAAUAUAGGGUUGUUUUCUUGGUGUAUCUGAAUUCUGAUGUCAUUUAUGCUGCUGGACUCGGGAACAUUCUUUUCUCGUUCCAUCAAAGGACUGUUUUAUCUUCAAUUACAAUGAAUAUAGGGUCUUCGCUUUUGUAUUAACAUUGUUUACUUGGAAUUGUUGGAAAGAUUAUCUGGGUUUGGAA